AAUCGGAAAUAAGAGUCUGUGCAAAAAUCGUCAAUGAAACUAAUUCCAUGAAACCCGAAAAAGUAAUUUGGGAUGACGUUAAAAAUGAAUAUAAUGAAAGCAACGAUAAAUGCAAAUAUAUUAAAGAUUUUCACAAGAAGUGGUUCUCAGAAAAAGCAGGAACCCUCACCAAAAAGGACAAAAACCUCACGAAAGAUGAAAUUAAAAUUAAACGGUUCCAAUAUCUUCUGUUAGGGGAUUACAUUAUUAACCAUGACCUUAAAAAUAAGGGAUAUCUUAAGUAUCGGUUAAAAAAUUAUCGAAGACUUGCAACCCUCCAUGAUUUGAUUGGAAAUAAAAUUCUUGAACUUCCAAUGUCAACCACCUUCUUCACUAAACAUAGUGA